GGUCUCAUGGAAUCUCCGCCGCGGAUGGUAAACUCUAAACACUUGUGUGGUUAGGACUUAUCCAGCUGAAUAGACUUGGCUCACCUUGGCUAUGUUUGCGGCUCAGGCCUAUUGAUCGUUUGGGUGUCCUGGUCAUGAAUGACAUUUCGAGUCGCCUUCUCCUCAACCACAAUGUCCAUCUACUCACCAGGUACAAUUGCUUCCGAACUACCUGAUCCGUGCUUUGUUGGGUCGAAUGAAGACACUGACACUAGUCACCGACCAUUUUUCAAUGCGCCUCCAUCGCAUUCAGUAGCGAAACCACACCAGAAAGUACCUGGUAGCUCAGUCUAUCUUACAAUUAGCAGCAUCGUUGGGUUUAAGCAGAGGUUCAGCCUCUUACUCUUCAUCAUUUUCGGGGGCGCCCUCGCGGGGUUCUGUCUGUACAGCGCACGAACCAUGAAUUUUACGUUGAUGGAGAAAUACGCACCACCCGGUCAAUGGUUCUGGUACAACCAAAAAAUAUUCAAAGCUCCUUAUGCAAUACACAUAUAUACCGCCGUUAUUGGCGGAAUAUUCUCUCUGUUUCAAUUCCUUCCAGCAAUUCGACGUCGUGCUGUGCUUGUGCACCGUCUAAAUGGCUACUUUGUGCUCAUACUCUUGAUCCCAUCUAACGUCGCUGGUGCCAUCAUAGGAUACAGGGCAUUUGGCGGGGAGAUAAACUCUCAGUCAAUGUAUUACACUCUCGGCAUACUCUCCGCCAGCUGCCUUAUCAUAGGAUUAUGCAAUGUCAAGAGAAACACUAGGGAACACCGCAAGUGGAUGAUCCGUGGUGUGGUGAUCUUUAGCACAGAUAUCCUCACGCAUCUGAUCACCCUAGCCGCCCGGCAAAUAAUAACUGACAUUGGCGAUUACUACUCUGUGUGUAUGAAUACAUUUAAAACUUCCUAGCUCACAAGCGCCUGUUAGGUAUUCCGAUGUGACGAGCUCCGCUCCAUCCUCACCAACACCACCUCAGUCCAGCUGCUCUUCCCCACAUGUGCCGGCGACGGCGUUGA